CUCAAACAAAUGUCGACCUCAAUUUCCAUUUCUCCAUGCUCGUUGCUCUUUCAUCCACCUUCCUCGCAAGAACAAAAAUUUUCGAAGUGAAGGGGAAUCGAAUGGUCACUGUUCAUGCCUUUAAUUCACACUGGUAUUUAACUGCACAGAUGAUUUUGUAAGUUAAUUUUAGUUAUAAUUGUCUAACGCUUCUCUCCAUUCAAGUUUAUGCUGGACUAAUCUUCUAUUAAUUUGGUUUGUUGGGAAUAAGGUUAGCUUCCUUUUGUUUUCAUUGAUAAGGAAACAGUUGACUGUAUUCGGUACUCCUAAUAUGCAUAAGAUAUUUGGAUUUGGUUUGUACAUGGAAAAAAUUGGUAGACCUGACUUUUUGUUUUUCUUUUUUCUUCACUAUCACAUGUCAGGAUAUUAUAAUUCGAGAAACCCUAUUUUCAAAGUUUUAGUGUAUAAAGUUAUUGGUAAACCGAAUCAAAGAAUGAAGGCUUUGCAGAACAAUAUAGUUAGAGCAGAGGUUGAUCUUGAAGUUGGGAAGAAACUGUAUCUUGGCAUGGACUUUGGUACUUCUGGAGCUCGGUAUGCUCUGAUAGACAAGGAAGGGAAUGUACGUGCUGAAGGAAAGAGAGAGUACCCUUUGCUUAUGAUCGAAGAAACAGUAGAUUGGUUGCAAUCCUGGAAAAUGACGCUAUUUGCACUUCUUAAAGAUAUUCCAGUUGGUCUUCGCUCAACGGUUGUGUCCAUUUCAAUUGAUGGAACUUCUGCAACCACUAUCAUUUUAGAUAGCAAAACGGGUGAAUCCUUAUGUAAACCUUUUCUAUAUAAUGAAAGUUGUGCCGAUGCUUUGCCAUCAGUGAAGUCGAUUGCUCCUGCUAACCACACUGUUUGCUCUGGAUCUUCUACACUUUGUAAACUUGUUUCUUGGUGGAACUCUGACAAUUCAACUAAGGAAUCAACAGUAUUGUUGCAUCAAGCUGACUGGUUAUUGUGGCUGCUUCAUGGCAAGCUUGGAGUGUCCGAUUAUAAUAAUGCUUUGAAGGUUGGCUAUGAUCCUGAAAUUGAGUCUUAUCCUCCUUGGCUGCUAUUGCAACCGUAUUCACGAGUUUUACCUUCUAUACAACCUCCGGGAACUGCUAUUGGUGCCUUGAAAGAAAGCAUCAGAACAGAGUAUGGUUUCCCAAAGGAUUGUAUUAUCUGCUCAGGAACCACUGAUAGUGUAGCAGCCUUUCUUGCAGCACGUGCUAGUCAACCUGGAAAAGCUGUCACAUCUCUGGGAUCGACUCUGGCUAUAAAACUAUUAAGCACCAGAAGAGUAGAAGAUGCACGUUUUGGAGUGUACAGCCACCGCCUUGAUGAUAAAUGGCUUGUUGGGGGUGCUUCAAACACAGGUGGAGCUGUUCUCAGGCAAAUCUUCACAGAUGAGCAGCUAGAGAAAUUAAGUGAACAGAUAAAUCCUGCAGAAGCCUCUCCUUUUGAUUAUUAUCCUCUGCAAGGUGUUGGAGAAAGAUUUCCUGUAGCAGACCCUAAAAUGGAACCAAGGUUGCAUCCUCGCCCAGCUAGUGAUGUUGAGUACUUGCAUGGUAUUCUAGAAUCCAUUGCUCGUAUCGAGGCAAAGGGUUACAGCUUACUGAAGGAUUUAGGAUCUACACCAGUUGAAGAAGUUUUCACAGCUGGUGGCGGGUCGAAAAAUGAGAAAUGGAUCAAGAUCCGAGAGAGAGUGCUGGGUCUGCCUGUGAGCAAAGCACUUCAAACAGAAGCUGCCUAUGGAGCUGCAUUAUUAGCAAUGAAGGGUGCGUCAGAGCACAAAGAUGGCUCUCUUUGAAAUCAUGUUCACAAUAAAUAUUCAAAUUUUUCUUGGAAAACUGUAGUUAUUAAAUAAUGUAACAAUACGUAUUAACUAAUUGGUGUACUAUUAUUUUUUAGAUAUGGUGCAUGUGACGCACAAUUUGUAGAAUAUUGGACCAGUA